AUGGCGGACGAUCCUGGCCACAAAGCUAUGUUGUAUUUUCUGGAGAUUCUUAUGUACAGCAACGCUCCAAUGACCAUCAGCCAACUCGCUGGUCGUUUUGGAAGUCGCAACUUUACAGCGGAAAUGAGACAGAGCUGUGGUGGCAAUGAAGCUGGUCUCAAGAAGUUCCUUUUGAAGUAUCCGUCCCUGUUUUCUGUGAAUGGUAAUCUUGUCAGCCUGAAUGAUGGGUCGGCCCUUGGUGGAAGUGUUAACGAAAACAACUCAACGACUUCGUCAAGCCACUCCUGUCUUCCUGAUGUCUCAGUGGAAACAGAAGCGGUUCACUUCUUUAGAGCAAGGAUGCUGAAGAAGGGAGACAAAUGGAUGCCGGUGAGGAGCUUGGCAGGGCAUUUGUCACAAGCUUCUGCUGAGAUUAGAGAGUGUGUGGGACCACAGAAUGAGUUCCUUAAUUUUCUACUGAAACACCCACUGAUUUUUGAGGUCAUUGAUGAUAACGUAUCCCUAAAAGAAAACAUUCGUUGCAACGCUGCUGACAGUGACUCCUCUUCUGAGCCACCUUCUCUACCCCCAACCACUCCGAAAAUGAAACGUCACGCAAAACCUCAGGAUAUGGUUGAAGCACCUAAACCAUCUGGAGGUCGCACAGUGACAGUAGCACCACUUCCACUUUCCGUACAGACAACAAAAGCUGGGCCUAUCACAAUGACAGCCAACGAAUACAAAGCUGUGAUGUUUAUCAAGAGCAUCAUCUUGAAGAAAGGAGACAUGAAAGUCAACAGCCUCUCUGGACAUUUUAGCCAAGCCCCAGACAGUCUUCGCAACACCAUUGGGUGGAGCAAGCCCGAACUACACCAGUUUAUCUCUGCACAUGAUAACAUCUUUACUAUCGGCGAGGACGAAGUAGUUUCGGUGAUUAAAAAUACCCGACUGAACGUCAUCAUUACAGGAAGCCGCCCAAAUAUCCAGACUAAGCCAUCGGUAACUGCAGGCAAGGGUCAGAUAUUCCACGUGGCCAAACUGUGGGGCAUAAUUGACUUAGGGAUGCAUGAGCAUGUCUUUAUUGACAGGACCAUUUUUGGUAAGAGCAUUGAUGAUCUCAACAAACUUCUCAAAAUUGGGGAGUGGGUGUAUUUUGAUGCCAUCCCUGCUCCAAAAGGCAGCCGGGCUCGCUGGAGAGCUACCAAAGUGUGGAAGGAGAAUGAAUCCAUUGAAGAUUUGAUUGAGAAAGUGGCUGCCAAGCUUGACCUUCCAAUUGACGGAAUCCCACGAGAGCCCCAGAUCCCUCUCGGCAACAUGAAUGACGAAAUCAGAAAGAUCUACCCAGACUUAGACGACAGCACAUUCUCCAGCUCCACACGCGUUAAUAUUGGCGGAAUAAAAUACUCCUUCCAGGACGCUGCUCCGAGUGGAGCGGGUGUAGUGCCUGUGUGGAAUUUUCACCAUGUGGAAUUGGAAGGCAUGAAAGAUGUUGAUGAAUUAAACUUCAGUGAUGAUGAAGGCGAUUUGUCUCCGCAAGUAUCCAUGGUUGCCGAGCGACAGUUCAUGAAUAGAUCUGUAUUGUUGGACAGCAAGACGAUAGCUAAAAAUGGCAGCACCUCUCCAAACAUUAAUGGUGACGACUCGACAGACAGUGUGAAAAAUAAUAUUGAUUCUGGAAGUCAGAAAAAAUAUGCCACUAUUGGUUGUCAGACGAUAGUUACAGGCGAUGUCCUGGCCACACAGCUUUUUCACGAAGAUUUGUAG